AUUUUGCUAAUACUCAUAGGCAAGUGAUUCUCAAUUGAAGGCAGGAACUUUAAUGCACAGUUUGAUUGGAUUUGGUUAAUACUCAUUAUUGAAUGCAAGAACUUAAAAUGCAUCAGUGUGAAAAUUAGUUUUGAAAAGUCAACAUUUCUGUGCCAAAACAUUACAAAUAGAGCUUCUUGCCAGUCUUUUCUCCUCAUCCUAAAAUUAACACAACACAACACAAGUAACAAUGAAUCUCUUUGUUCCUCUUUGUUUAGUUCUCUCUCUUUUUCCUUUAUUUGCAGCUCCAACGUUGUUGUUUCAGGGGUUCAAUUGGGAAUCAAGUAAUAAGGAAGGUGGAUGGUACAACUCUCUCAUCAACUUAGUUCCAGAUUUGGCUAAAGCUGGAGUUACUCAUGUUUGGUUACCCCCACCAUCUAAUUCUGUUUCACCUCAAGGAUAUAUGCCAGGAAGAUUAUAUGACUUGGAUUCGUCCAAGUAUGGGAAUGAGCAACAACUGAAAGAUCUUAUUAAGGCUUUAAAUGGGCAGGGGAUCAAAGCUGUUGCUGAUAUAGUAAUAAACCACAGAUGUGCUGAUAAACAAGAUAGCAGGGGAAUAUACUGCAUCUUUGAAGGUGGAACGGAUGAUGACCGUCUUGAUUGGGGCCCGCAUGAGAUUUGCAAGGGCGACACACAAUAUUCUGAUGGCACUGGAAAUGAUGACACAGGUGAGGACUUUGGAGGUGCCCCUGAUAUCGAUCACCUUAGCGACAGAGUCCAAAAAGAGUUAUCAGAUUGGAUGAAUUGGCUCAAAUCUGAAAUUGGAUUUGAAGGUUGGCGAUUCGAUUUUGUUAAAGGCUAUGCCCCUAGUAUCACCAAGAUUUAUAUGCAAAACACGUCCCCCGAUUUUGCAGUUGGUGAAUACUGGGAUACUAAUAGAGAUGCGGUAGCUAAUUGGGUUCAAAAUGCCGGUGGUUCAACAGCUUUUGAUUUCCCAACUAAGGGCAUUCUACAAGAUGCUGUUCAAGGGAAUUUGCAGAAAUUGAAAGAUGAAAGUGGAAAACCUCCUGGUUUGAUUGGUAUUUUGCCUCAAAAUGCUGUCACUUUUAUCGAUAAUCACGAUACUGGUUCCACACAACAUAUGUGGCCAUUCCCUCAAGACAAAGUUAUGCAAGGAUACGCGUAUAUUCUUACUCAUCCAGGGAUUCCCUCAGUGUUUUAUGACCAUUUCUUUGAUUGGGGACUGAAAGACGGAAUUUCGACGUUGUCCUCUAUUAGGAAGAGGAAUGGGAUUUCUGAAACAAGUAGUUUGCAGAUUUUGGCUGCUGAUUCUGAUCUUUAUGUAGCAAUGAUUGACGAGAAGGUUGUUGUCAAGCUUGGCCCAAAAACUGAUCUUGGAAGUCUUAUCCCACCUAAUUAUCAGGUGGCAACUACUGGACAAGACUAUUCUGUAUGGGAGAAGAAGGCAUAAUAACUUUGAAAUUUUUAGUUACAAUGUACAAUUGAUUGGAGCUAAUGUAUUCAUAGAAUUCAAUGUAAGGCACAAUUUCCUUUGAGAUCAGUGAUGAUUGCUUA